GAGAAUAUUCUCCGUGAAGAACCCUAGAAGCAUUUGCCCAGAGAGGCCCAGGAUGCUUGGCGCGGUGCGAUUCGUCUCCAGGGAUUCGGUCGCGUCGUCUUCAAAUGAUGUGGAUCGCGAGGGAAAGACGGCCGAUGCCGAUGAUCCAGAGAUGCUUGCCAAGCGGAAGAACGCUGGCUUGGAAUGGAUGUCAGUGGCGCCAAGCAGGCCUCAACGAGCCGUCCCCAAGGAAGAGAUUGCUCCUUCCAAGGCAGAGCGCGACGAGAAACCUCCCUCGAAUUCAAAGGAGCUCAAUCCACACUGGAAAGAUGGCGGCGAAGGAUUUCCAGAAGAAGAACAUGUAGCUCGACGAGUUCCCGGAGGUGUCGGCGAUGGGGGUGCUAGUUGGCUUCUCAAGGGAUUAAAGCGUGCUCAAGAGCGUGCGGCACGAGAAGGAGCGAGUCUUCCAGAUGUUAUCAGUGAUCGAUGGGGAUCGUUUGAUGCGUUCUCUCGCGUAAGUAACAAGCGAGCGGCACAUUCCAACGCACAUCUCCAUGCUAUUCGCGACAGAAAACGUAAGUACGAGCAGGAACAGGAGGCAGGACGCUCAGAGGAUGAGCCUGCGAAAGAAGAUUCUCGGUCUGCGAGGGAAGGUUCUCGGAUGAGAGCUCCGAGGGUGGAUGGAUCACUCAAAUGGAAGUCACAGAGGAGGGAUACCAUGCGCUCCGAGGACUCUGCAGUCCUCAAGGCCGCGGCAGCGUCUUACAACAUAUUUGAGAACGAUGGGAGCUUUAUGGAGAAGUUUAAACAGAUGCAGGAGAAGACGGAUAGAGACAAGCCGGAUCAAUCGAGUGGUGGUGGUGAUGAUGCUGUAAAGAACAAGGUCGCUACCAUUCAGAGACGUGUUCGCGAAAGCAAGGAUUCAAACUAUGACAGAUCAGGUCAUGAUGCGGCAAUCCAAGGACGUGCUAGCGAAAGCAAUGGACCAGAGGUCGAUCAACCGACAGCUGAUGAUGAUCCUGUGAAGAGGAAGAUAGCUGCAAUCCAGAGACGUGCUCAAAACAAAGAUUCCGAUGGUGACAAGGUUAAAGCUUCGGCUGGCGGCGAUGAUGCGGUGAUGAAGAAAAUCACUGCCAUCCAGAGACAUGCUCAAGAAAACAAGGACUCCGAUGCGUUCCUUGCGUCAAAGAUUUAUCGCUCGAGGGAGAGGUAUCAAGCCGACGAUGAGUACGACGACGUUGGAAUCGAAAGCGAUGCUUAUAAGAAAAAGUCGGCAAGGAAGGGAAUGACGAAGGCCAAGAACAGCGCGGUCUCUCAGUACAAUCGUAUUCAGACACAGAACGAGCGCUGCCGGUAUUGCUUUGAAAACUCGUCGAGGCCGAAACAUCUAACAAUCGCGAUUGGCAACUUCACGUACUUGAUGCUUCCUCCCACGUCUUCACUUGUACCGGGACAUUGCUACAUUGUUCCUUCGCAACACGAAGGCUCUACAAGGAACGUUGACGACGAUGUCUGGGGUGAGAUUCGGAACUUUAAAAAGUGCCUGCUCAAGAUGUUCAAGGAGCAAGAGAAGGAUGUGAUAUUUCUAGAAACGGCCAUGAAUCUCUCGCAGCAACGUAGGCAUUGUCUGGUCGAAUGCAUCCCCGUUCCUCCCAACGUACUCCAGCAAGGUCCGCUUUACUUCAAAAAGGCAAUCGACGAGGCCGAAGAUGAAUGGAGCCAGCACAACGCGAAGAAGCUUAUAGACACCAGAGGCAAGGGGCUUCGCUCCUCCAUACCAAAGAACUUUCCGUACUUUCAUGUGGAGUUCGGGCUGGAAGGCGGCUAUUGCCAUGUGAUUGACAACGAAGAGGACUUCGACAGCAACUUUGGUCGGAACGUUCUCAUCGGCAUGCUCAAGCUUCCCCAGGAGGCGAUGCACCAGAAGGCAAAGCACGCGUCAUUUGAUCAUCAAACGACUGCUGUGAAAGAGUUCCUAGAGCAGUGGAGGCCUCACGAUUGGACGCAAAUGCUCCAGUGAGCAAUGGAACUUGUACUUGUAUGAUAGGUAAUUUAUUUUCCAUCUCAGUAUUUACA